GUGAUCUGUAUCGACUUCGUUAUACUGCGAUCCUAGGUUAUAGAUCGACCUGUCUGUGCAAAUUGCAAAAUGGCUGCUGUAGGUUCGAGGAGUGUUGGGUUUAUGGGUGCCGUACGAAAAUGGGCGUACAAUCUUUCAGGUUUCAAUAAAUAUGGCUUACACUAUGAUGACUGCUUGGAUGAGUUGAACCCAGAUGUGGCUGAAGCACUGAGACGAUUGCCAGACAGCAUAAAAGAUGAAAGGAACUUCCGUAUAAACCGUGCUCUGCAUUUGUCAAUGAUAAAGAAGUAUCUCCCAAAGGAAGAAUGGACAAAAUAUGAAGAGGAUAAUAAGUACCUUCAGCCUUACCUUCAAGAAGUUAUAAAAGAAAGACUAGAAAAAGAAGAAUGGAAUAAAAAGUGAAUAUGAAUCACUAGCAGAGAAAAUGAGGCACAUUUUUAGUGCCUGUACUGUUUGGUUAUUUAUAGUAUGAAGGGCUCAUCAAAUGUUGUGAAUAUGCUGUACAUAUUAGCGUAAUAAAUUACCAAAUUUA